AGUUUGAAUGUGCAAGAAACUAUAAAAUGCACACAGUAUGCAAGAAUAUAAAAAAAUUCAGAGUAAAAUUCAUAUUAUAAUAUUUACAGAGUAAAAUAAAUUCCUAUUUAGGUUCCGUUUUUGUAGGUACGUUUGCAAAGAUUUUAUUUUGCAUAAAGAUCCGCAGUCUAAUUAUAACAUUUGUGACUUCAUACUUGUUGAAAGGGGUUUGGUGCUGUUUUACAAGUAAUGACUGAGCAAAGAAAUAGCAUAAACAUUUGGAAUCGCCACCAAUCCCAACAUUUUUAUUGAAGCUGUAAAUCUCACGUAGCUUAUUAUUUAUAAACCGAAGAAGGUUUCGCCUGUGGUCCUUGAAAACAAUCGUUGUGGAGAAGGGUGUACACUCUUUUGUUGAGAAUCACUGUAAUGAACAAUCACGGUGACACAAGCUGAUUGUUCUUGAAUAAUAAAUAACACAGAGAGGGGAUGACUGACAAUGAGUAUAAGAGUGACAGCGCAGCCAGCAUCAUCGCCUUAGGAUUCCAGUUCUUCACCCGAUACAAGAUGUUGCGGCUGUGGCUUCUGGGGCUGCUGGCCAUUUCUUUCGCCCAGGCGGCGUACUACGAAACAAGAACGGCCGACACGGAUUAUCUCUUGAAGCAGAAGAAAGUUUACAAUCUGCUCUAUCACGUCUCCCAACCCAUGGUGGUGAAUCGCGACCUGUACGAUGAGGGCCAAGCAUGGAGCAUCGAAUCCAACCUUAACUCCUACGGAAAUGAGGCUGCGAAGAAAUUCCUCUCCUUCUACGAAAAGGGAAUGCUUCCUCGAGGAGCGUUAUUUUCGGUUUAUUAUCCAAAGCUGCUUAAAGAAUUAAUGGCCUUAUUCGACCUUUUCUAUUACGCAAACGAUUUCGACGUGUUCUAUAAAACGGCUCUUUGGGCAAGAAUUUAUAUGAACGAGGGCCAGUACAUUUACGCCCUUUACAAUGCAAUAAUUAGAAGGCCAGAUACUAAGUACAUCCAACUUCCGCCAGUAUAUGAAUUGUAUCCAAACGCUUUCUACAACUCGGAAGUGCUCGAAAAAGCCCACUACCCACAGAUUUACGGCAAGAUGGGUCCGAAAUCUGCUAAUUACACAACAUACUUUAUCAAUGCGAAUUAUUCUGGCUGGUACCUUAACCGCGAGUACAAUAUGGAGAACAAAUUGAAUUAUUUUGUGGAAGAUGUUGGGUUAAACGAGUACUAUUUCUUCUUCCGACAAAACUUCCCAUUCUGGCAAAAAUCCAAAGAAUUUGGCUUCCCAAAUUAUCGUGGAGAGGAAUACCUUUAUGGACAUAAACAAUUACUGAAUAGAUACAACCUCGAAAGACUUUCGAAUGACUUGCCUAAGCUUGAAGAUUUCGAUUGGAAUAAACCUUUCUACCCUGGUUACUAUCCCACCAUGAUGUUUGCUGGCGGAUUACCAUUUACCCAAAGGCCAUACUGGAGCUCCUUCCCAUAUUACAAAUACAAAUACAUCAAGGACAUUAGCGAUAUGGAGUCGAGAUUAUCUGCCGCAAUUGAUUCUGGUUUUGUACUAAAAAGUGAUGGUAAAUGGGCCAAUAUUUACACUCCAGAAGGUUUGAAUAUUCUUGGAAACUUAAUCGAGGGUAACGCUGAUUCCUACAAUAGAGACUUUUAUGGCAGCAUUGACUAUUUUGGAAGAAAGAUCCUUGGUUUCAAUUUAGAACCAGCAAAUAGUUAUCAACUAGUUCCUAGCUCUUUAGAAAUGUUCUCCACUUCACUAAGGGACCCUGCUUUCUAUCGACUAUACAAGAGAGUGCUUGAUUAUUAUUACAGAUACAGUAUGCUACAGAAACCAUACACCAAGGAUGAAAUUGUUUAUCCCAACCUGAAAAUUCAAUCCUUUGCUGUUGAUAAAUUAAUUACAUAUUUUGAUCAAUACGACGCAUCGAUAAGCAAUGGUUUAAUGGUUCAAGAUGAUACAGAAGCUGAAACACUUUUAGUCAAAGUGAGACAAUACCGUCUGAAUCACAAACCAUUCAAUUUCCACAUUGCAGUUACUGCAGACAAACCGAUGAAGGCAGCUUUCAGAAUUUUCCUUGGACCAGCAUUUAACUCGAAUCGCAAAUACGCAGACUUUGAGGAAAAUUUCAAAUAUUUCUACGAGAUGGACAACUGGUUUGUUGAUUUGAAUGCAGGUCCAAAUAAAAUCACACGUAACAGCAAAGAUUGCUUCUUCCUAAGCUCUGAUCCAGAACCAAGUGAAUUGUACUAUCAGAAAAUUCAAAGAUCUCUUAAUUAUAGCGAACCAUUCACUUAUUACGAAAGGAUCUCAGGAUUCCCAGAAAGACUACUGUUGCCAAAAGGCAAAAAAGAAGGAAUGCCAUUCCAAUUAUUCUUGUAUAUUAGCCCAGUCUCACAGGAACGCCAGUAUUUCUCCAGAAUAUGGGGUAACUACAUGUUUGACAAUAACCCAUAUGGUUUCCCUCUAGAUAAACCAAUUUACGACUUCGCAUACGAUGGACCUAACAUGAUGUUCAAAAAUAUUUUCAUUUAUCACAAGGAUGACUACGACAUGAAUAUUCCUUACUGAUUACGUUGCUCUUUCAUUUUUUUACUGUUUGCAUUUACUAUUGUAGUAACACGCUUUUUAUAAUAAAUGUUACUCUGUCUUUCUUCUGA